AUGGUCGCCGUGGUCCGCUCUCUCAUGGUACUGUUGAUCGGUCAGGUUUUGUUAAGGAGUACAGUUGGACUCAUUCCCGAAAUUGACCGACGGAAAUACAGCGAGAUGGGACGACAGUUACCGGGCCAGUCAGAGAGCUUCCUGAAGGAGUUCGAACUUCGACUCCUAAAUAUGUUUGGAUUGAAACGAAAACCGACUCCCAGCAAGUCCGUAGUGAUACCGCAGUACAUGGUGGACCUAUACAACCUGCACUCUGAGAACGGGGAUCAGAGCGCUAAGCAACCAACUAGUGUUAUGGGAAAACAUGUGGCACGAGCGGCCAGCAGAGCAAACACUAUCAGAAGUUUUCAUCACGAGGAGUCACUGGAGGCUUUAGCUAGCUUAAAAGGAAGGACCACCCAGCAGUUCUUUUUCAACCUCACCUCUGUACCCAAUGAAGAGGUCAUCACUGCUGCUGAACUUCGAAUCUUCAGGGACCAGGUCCUGGGUGGUUCUUCCACUGCCAAUAGCAGCAGUCCAGCUGGUCACCAUCGCAUCAAUGUUUAUGAGGUGUUCCGACCAGCUUUGGCUACCAAUGAGGAACCUUUCACCAGACUGUUGGACACUCGUCUGGUUCAGGACUCACAUACCCGUUGGGAGAGCUUUGACGUGAGCUCUGCUGUAUCACGCUGGACCUCCGGGGGGCGCUAUAACCAUGGUCUCCUGGUGGAGGUACUCCACCCAGAGGAGACAGAGGGUGGGAAAGAGGGGGACAGAAACAGAAGGAGGCACGUGAGAGUGAGUCGCUCUCUACACGAUGAUGAGGAAUCAUGGCCGCAGGCCAGGCCGCUGCUAGUGACAUACAGCCACGAUGGGCAGGGCACUGCCACACUGCACUCCAACCGAGAGAAGCGUCAGGUUCGCCGGGGGCCCAAGCAGCGCAGGAAACAACACAACCGUGCCAACUGCCGCAGGCAUGCGCUUUAUGUAGACUUCAGUGACGUCGGUUGGAACGAGUGGAUUGUGGCACCGCCUGGCUACCAUGCUUUCUACUGCCAUGGUGAAUGCCCAUUCCCUUUGUCAGACCACCUGAACUCCACCAACCACGCCAUCGUCCAGACAUUGGUAAACUCGGUUAAUGCCAACAUACCCCGGGCCUGCUGCGUGCCCACUGAUCUCAGCCCCAUCUCUCUGCUUUAUUUGGACGAGUAUGAGAAAGUCAUUCUGAAAAACUAUCAGGACAUGGUGGUCGAAGGUUGUGGCUGCCGAUAA